AUGUGUCUUCUAGGUUCCUCUCCAACAAGCAGUUGGUAUAAUGAAAUCAAUUCAUAUAACUUUGGUUCACCAGGGUUUUCAUCAUCGACUGGUCAUUUCACACAAGUAAUUUGGAAAGGAUCGAAACAGUUAGGAAUUGGUAUCGCUUUCACAAGCAAUAAUCGAACCGCUUAUGUUGUGGCUAACUAUUAUCCUCCAGGAAAUGUGACCGGUUCAUUCUCUUCUAAUGUACUUCCACUUUGUUCCACAAUGACUAAAGCUCUAGGAACAACAACUGGCAUCUCAUUAACAACAAGCACUUCUCCUCCAACAACUGUUGCAAGAACGACGACAGUUACGGCGAGAACAUAA